CACUAACUGUCAGUGUCAAAAUUAGCAGCCAUUUUUACAAAGCACAUGUAGAAGAAAGUUUGUUUUUGUUUACAAAUUUUCUUAAAAAUAAAAAAAAUUUAAAUUGAAAAAUGCCCGAAAUAAAUGGCUAUAAAGUUCUUCCUAUUCGGUUAACUGAAAAUUCAACAAAUUCUCAUGUUGCGUACGUGCGGGAGCACUUUAUUCGACAAGUAGAUCCAAAUAAACCCAAAGGCCGAACUCUAUUUCUCCUAAACAUACCUCCAUAUGUAAGUGAACAUAAUUUAAAAACCUGCUUUAGUAAAAUCGGCGAAGUGACUUCGGUUCGUUUCUCCGAACAACCUGGUCGCGAGGAAAGCAAGAAAUGGGAACAACCUUGUCCCUUCACUUUGAAUCGUAUUCCUUGUGUUUUUAAAGUUGCAUUUGUUGUUUUCAAAAACACCGACAGUGUUUCGAAGGCUUUGAAGCUAGAUUCAAUUGAUUUAUUCGAUGAAUCUGGAAAUACACUUGUCGUAUCGGGAAUACAAAAAUGGAAAAAGGAUUACGCAAGUAGUUUCCUUAAAGACAAGAAAAUUCAACCAAUUAUUGAUGAAUACAUGGAAGCAUAUGACAAACGAGAGAAGAAAAAACUCCAAGAUGAACGUAAUUCGGCGGCAGACAAUGACGGCUGGGUGACGGUGGGCAAACAAGGACGUAAUUCAGGUUUCGAGCAGAAGGAAUCGGUUGUAAAUCGGUUGGAAGAGAAGAUCGAAAGAGGUCGGAAGAAUAGAGAAUUGAAGAACUUUUAUACGUUUCAAAUUCGUGAGGCAAAGAUGCAAAAUGUUGUCAGUUUGAGAAAGAAGUUCGAAGAGGACAAGAGUAAGAUUGAAAUUUUGAAGAAGAAAAGGCGUUUUAAGCCUUUUUAGUUUUUUGUAUAAGGGUUUGAAUAAAGUUAAUUAACACAAAA